AUAAAUCCUGAUAGAUAUCCAGAGCUUUUGAAAAGAGAUUUUGAGAAAAAUGGUUAUUAUGGAUCUUUAGAUCAAAUGAACGACAUGCUUAAUUUUGAUAAAUUUCAGGAAUUAUUUGAUUGUUUAAAACCAAGUGAUAUUACAGAAGAUGAUUACCGUCUCUGGUUAAAAUUAAUGAUAAAGGACUGUCCAGAGCAUUAUUUAGGUGCUGGUGUGGAAGUUUUUAUGCAUAUGUGGAAAAAAGAAGGAUUGGAUAAUCAUCGUACUUUCGUAUUGGAUGAGGAAAUGAUGGAAGAUUCUUCUUUUCAAGGAAAAUUUUUAGUGCAUUUAGUUGAGAAGGGGUAUAUGGAGCCAGUAUGGGAAAUAUUAGAUAAAGCUAAUCCUAAUCAAAUCAAAGAGUUUAUGGGCUCUAAAAAAGAUCAUAUACGUUCUAUAUUAUUAGAGAAGGGAGAUAGUAAUUCAUUAAAUAGGUUUUUAGCCUAUAGUAAGUCUACUGAUGAGGGCCUUUGUCAGGAGAAUGUACCUGGUCCAAGUGGUGAUUUGGCUGAAGUGAAAGUUAGAGAAACACGUGGCCAGUCUAGUGUAGGAUUGGGUAAAUAA